AUGUCGCACCCCGUUGGCCUCACAGACUCGAGAAUUGUUAUGGCAGAGCAGAGCAGCCACGAUGUGGUAGACCAAACCCUGUCGGGCGGCGAACCUUCGCCUUCCGACGUUCCUGCGAGCACGACCGACAAUAAAUCUGCUGGAGGGGACGUGGGGGAGUUCAAAGAUACCACUACUACUACUACAACAACAACAACGACACAAUCGGAGACGAGCCUGAGUGAUCAACGCGGUGAAUUGAAAAUGGGUGCCGCUGAACAACCAGAAGAGAACGGAAAAGCAAAGGAUGCCGAUCAGACGCCGAGCGAUACCCCGAAGUCUGGUCUUUUACCGGUCGCCGCACGGGCACUCGAAAUGAACGGAGUGACGUCCGGGUCAGAUGCUGGGGAGGACACAGCCUCUCAGGGAGGCUCAGAAUCCGACGCCAGUCGAACAGAAGGCAGACUGCGCGCCGGUUCGAAAAAGCCAGCCUCCUUCAAGCCUGUUAGCUUCGCCAAAUUUUCUGUCCCUAAGGCCCCCGGCACUCCGCCCAUAACAAAGGCUUCCGAGAAAGCUCCCCUGAUCUCAACCACUCCGCUGGGUACGCCGCCGCCUUCCUCACGCCCUCGCUUAGUUGUCAAGACCACUAGCAGCCUACGUGACUCGUUGUCAAAACUGGGGGCAGGUGCAGCCAAGCCUGGCGGAACUGGACCCGACCCGAAUCAAGUUUGGAACAAGAAUCGACCUGUUCAACAAACACCUCCAAAGCACCUGACCGACGAGGAGUUGAAACAACAGUACGGAAUUCACAUGACAUCGCGGAUACAGGAAGAUGGUGGGGGAAGCGAAGCGAAAUGGGCCGAUAUCGACGAUGAUGAAGAUGACUGGGCUCCCGAGACGAUUGAGUGGACCGAUGGCACAAAGACCAACCUCGCCCACCCAGAGCCUGCGCCCCCGGUUCCGGUUCCUAGUCAAGAUAAGGUGACAACAGAUUUCAAAAAGGAUUUUCCUCCCGUGGAGCAAGCUGCAGCUAUUAAGGAGCCACCGAAGUUUGUCCCAAAGCCUACGACUUCCAUUGGACCGAACCCCACGGUUCUCCGGCUUGGAGCAAAUGCAGAAAGACAAGCAAAGAGUGCUAGUAUUGCUGCAAAAGGACCAAACGACAAAUCACCUUUACUAUCCACAAGUCCAGCUCCUCCCCCCGUCAAAUCGCCUUGGGCACCUUUACCACCCGUCGAGAAGAUUUCCCCUGUCAUUCCUCCAAUCCAGGUCCAACCGCCGGUGCGGGCUCCUGUAAGGGAACCUCACGUGAACGACGGUCCUGGUGGACCUCUGCCCCCGAAGGAAAUCGCUGCAGAUGAUUUCAAUAGAUCCUGGAGGGAGAUGCAGUCCGGAACUCGUGAGCUCUACAAUUCGCGAUCGGGUCGCUAUGAGCCUGCUCCGGAUACGAGGAAAGGACCCUGGCGCGCUGAACCGAAUCAUCGCACGCCAGCCUUGUUGCAGAGGCCCCCACACGGUGAACCCACUGGGCCGGCAGAACCCUCACCAGCAUUUCAAACACAUCGGUCAAGCGGCCAAGAUGGCAUGCACUGGACGCGGCGGCGCACAUCAUCUAAUGUUAGCGGAGGAAGUGGUAGCUUCGGACGUCGGAUGUCGAUUGGUAGACCCGAUAUGACCCAGAAGGUGUUCGAGUCUAGGAGAGGGUCCCAGGUGAAUGGCAUGAUUGAAUCAUCGAUACCCACCAGAGACCUGCCUCUUUCAAAUGAUGCCUCUUUACGCGAGCCCUCGCCUUCCCGGCAUGGCCCUGGUCCCUGGCCCCCAAGAGGUGCUACAAAUGUGCAAGACAGAAUGACCAGUGCACCCGGUGGAAUUCCACAACCACCUCCUGUCCAAGCAAUUGAAGAACAGAUAACAGCACCGCAGGAACUGCAGGAAUCACCACAGGCACCACAAGAAGACCCUGUCGCGAUGCAAGAACGCAUCAUGAAGGAGAAGAGAUUGGAAGCUCGCCAACGGAGGCUAGAGCAAGAGGAGCGGGAGGAAGCUGCAAAGCGUGAAAGAAUUCGGCAGAAGCUCGAGGCUCUUGGUCCAGCCCCCGAAAAGCCGAAAUCAAGGCGUAAGGAGUCCCUGGACGCCGGUAAGCCCGAGGCAAGUAUCGCGCAGCCUACCGCGCAAGCUGCCCAUUCUCCUCCGAAACCACCAGUACCCGAGCCGAGCGGUGAGCCUAAGCAAUAUGGAAUGAUGAAGGUUCAUCAUCCGGAUACUGUGAAGAAGCUUGUGGAGAGGGAAAGAAGCGCUACAGAUAAAGCCUCCGCUGUGGCCCCUGUCCGACGCGCCCCUUCGCCAGCUCGUGAGGCUAAGCAGGAAUCUGUCAUGCCCAAUGGAUCUCAGCAGCCUGGUGACCUUCAGGCACCGAGCUCAGAUCAAUUGCCAGAAUCUAAGGUCGAUGAGCAAAGCCCUCAGUGGAGAGGUAACCUGAACACCACUAGCACGUAUCUGCCAUGGUCCCCCAACCCAAAGUUUGUGGCACCGGCACCUCCUGCGAUCUCAAAUCCUUGGAAGCCACUUAGCAAUGACAAGACCUUGGGGAACGGAAUUUUUGAGCAAGGCCUCGGAGGCUUCCCAGGGAGGGAUAUCUCGCUUCGCAGCCACCUGGGACUUGAUCAGCCGCCCAUGGCCCCAGGAGCACCGCAUUUCUCCGCUCCCACGCGAUCUCCACAGGAGAAUGCAUCUAUAUCUCCCUUGCCAUCGCCCGAAAUCAGGCAUGUGUCUUACGACGCCAUCAACCCCAUGCUGCGGCCCGGGCCGAUCGGACCUCCAAGCUCUCACCGGCAACAUGAGAACCGCGUAGCUGCUGGAACAGCGGCUUGGAACAAUUUCCAUGCAGUCGCUGCGAAACGCGAGGCAGAGGAGAACGAGAAGCUUCGCAACGAGUACAAUACGAUGCGUGAGGGCCCUUCUGCGCUUCCGGUGACCUUCAAUGAAACCUGGCGGCAGGUCCGGACUGGAGACCAGGCUGGGCAGAGACAAGUCGUUGCAAUCUCCAGGACUUCAGAUAGCACCGCGCCUCUGGCAAAUCCCCUUCCUGGAUUUGACCACCCGGUUGGCUCUUUACCUUUCGCAGAAACGCCCGCUCGUCCUCUUGGCAGCGUUCCAGCUCGGAGUUCACGGUUCUUCCCUCAAGCAAUGGAGAAUCCGAGAAAGCCAGCCACCGAUGAAGGAGACUAUUUCCGGAGUCCUUCGCCACCUCCCCCGGAAGAAAUGUCGAGUCACCCUGUAUACACUGGUGAUUCGAACAGACCAUUGGUCCACCUUCCUGCGCCGAAGCCUAUCGUGAAACUGCCUCCCAAGGUCGUUGCUCCGCCGCCGCCGCCUCCCACCUUUGCAUCGAUGGUUGCUGCUCCGCCGCCCGCCGCACCGGCGACAUCCUGGCAGGAGAAAAUCAACACGCUGUUUGGCAAAAAGACGGUACCGGAGAAGAGGAAUGCUCUGGCGGUCACGUCCGCGACCAAAGAACCCCUUGAUGUGCAGCUACAUAUUGCUUCGGUUUCCGUCUCUCUUCCUUGUAACGGCGAGUAUCAUGUCGGAGAUGGUGAGGUGACUGCGAAGCAAGUCGAAGAGGCAGAGGAGAUCUUUGAGGACCGUGAAGUAGGAUCUCUACCGGUCGUCCGAGUUCCGACUCGAGCACCUCCAGCAGCGUGGCAGGCUGCACGGGCGCCUUCGCAGUCUCGGCUGCGGUCCAAGCACCUCAAGUCAAUGCAGGUCCAUAGUGUCGAGCCAUUCAUUGUUGGAUUCCACGACCGGGAUCCGUCCGGAAGCGUUAGGGUCUCAAUCCGCGUUCCAGGGUCAUCCAUUACGAAGACUAUCACUCUUCCGCGAAAAGCAGGAGCCCAUACUCCCCGUCCCCGUGGCCCUUCGAGUUUCAAUAAGCCUCGAAAGAAUACGAAGCCACGCGAAGGGACCGAGAAUUCGAACCCCAAAAAACCUGCCGCAACCCAGCAAACCAACGGCAACAGCUCUUCGCGACGCCCGUCCCGGAAUGCAUCCUGGGGUCCCCGUAACUUCAGCGGGUCCCAGUGA